AUGGAGAAGCCAUUCUCAUGUCCAGAUUGCGGGAAAUGUUUCUCUCAUAAAUUUGUUCUCCAGAGACAUCAGAAAAGCCACACUGGCGAAAGGCCGUUUUCAUGCUCCGAAUGCGGGAAAUGCUUCCUCCAGAAAUCAGCCCUCGUCAGACAUCAGUCAACCCACUCGGGCGAGAAGCCAUUUUCUUGGUCCGAAUGUGGGAAACGUUUUUCCCAAAAGUCAUCUUUGAUCACGCAUGAGAAAAUACACAACGGCCGUCUGUAUUCGAGGUAUCUGAUGGUCCACGAAAGAGUCCACACGGGCGAGAGGCCUUAUCCCUGUUCCGACUGCGGGAAAUGUUUCAGACAGAAGUCCGUUCUGGACGCCCAUGAGCGAAUUCACAAACCAGAAAAACAAUUUUCUUGCUCUGAAUGCGGUGAUUGUUUUACCCACAAGGACAAUCUCAUUGCUCAUCUGAGAACUCACGUGGGAGAGAAGCCAUAUUCAUGUCCGGAAUGUGGGAAGUGUUUUACCCGGAGAGGACACCUUAUCGCUCAUCAGAGAUCCCACACGGGGGAGAAGCCAUACUCAUGCUCUGAAUGUGGGAAAUGUUUCGGUGGUAGGAAAGAUCUUGUCACCCAUCACAGGAUUCAUACUGGCGAGCGUCCGUUUUUUGUGCUCUGA